AUGGAUGCCCAAAAUGUUAAUAAUACCUUGUUAACGUCGCCAAGCUCAAAAAACUUUAGCCAUAGUGAUAAUAAUGUGAAUAAUUCUACUUUAAAAUCAAAUGUACCAGGAAAUACACAAAAUAUGGCGGGAGUAAAUAAUAUUAAUAAUGAUGCAGACAAUUUUGGAAUCACUCUUUUACCGAGUAACAAAAGAAACAUGGUGACAACAACUGCAGUGAUAGAUCCAAAUAUAAAUGUCAAAAAUAACGAUAUCAAGCUUCCUGUGCUUUACAAUAUAGUCGACCAAUAUGAAAAGAAUAUAGAAAAUUUUGUAGAAACUGUAGAUAGCUUCAAGCCAUCGCUUCCAUUGGCUAGUAAAAUUAUAGAAACAGACUCGAAACUAAUGAAUCAAUUAAAUGAAUUUCCCAAAUAUGAUCAAAUGAACAAAAACUUAAUGAAGCUAAAUGAAUAUGAAACAAAUUUGCAAAAUAAUAUUCACUGGAUAUUAACCACAUUAAAUGACUGUUACAUGAAAUUGAAUCGUUUGCCCAUGGAGAAACAAGUCAAAAUUGAACAAAAAAUUAUAUUGAAACAAAGAGAAAAUAUUAAAACUAAAUUAUUAUUAGAUUAUUCAAUGAAGUUGGCAAAAUUCACCAAAAUACCACCUACCCUAAACCGUGAGAUGAUUGGUCCUUCUAAUUUUAUAUGGCCUGGUGAAGAUUCUUUGAGAAGGGGUAUGUUGGCACUGUCAUCAUUAAAAGAAAAAGAAUCAAUCAAGAAAAAGGAAGAAGAAGAAACCCAGCAUCAAAAACAAUUGGAACAAGAACAAGAACAAAAAGAAAAUACAAAGACCAGUAAUGGAGAUGAGGAGAAUUCGUUUAUUUUCAAUGGAACACACAAAAAUAAAGAAAACCAAAAUGAUAGUAAUAGACAAGAAGAACAAAAUAUUGUAAAUAAGCAGGAAGAUGAUCAUCUCAACACACAACAAAAAAAUCAUCAUCCUGAGGAAUCUGGUGAAGCUGAGGACGACGAAGAUUUAGAUUUAGAUUUAGAUUUAGAUCUAUUCAAUCCAGAUGAAUUUUAA